AUGGAUGAAAAUCAAGCUUUUUCAAAAGUCGAUGUACACUAUCAUGGUACUUUUGUGCCUAAUCCAUUAGUGUAUUUUGCUCCAGGAGUAUUACGACUGAGUGAAGAUGCAAACGAGUUUAUUUUUUCAGAUUUCAUCAAAUAUGUUGAGAAGCUUAUUGAUUUUCAGUGCAAGCAUGUGUAUUUCUAUAUACCUAAAGCAAGAUUGAGUGAGGGGCUUCAAACACUACAAAAUGAAUGUGACUACUCUGAGUUUCUUGAGGUUGCAAAUGCUCACAAACAUGUGGAUGUGUAUAUUAACCACGAUAAUGAACCUAUAUUUGAGUGGAUUCAGAAAGAAGAACGAGACAGUGAAGAACUUAUGUAUUCAGAAGAACCUACAAUAAUAUUCAAAAGAACCUACAAUGAUAAGUUUUUGAACAAGUUAUGUCCAGUAGUUGUUGCAGAAGAAGAUGAAGACGUCAAUGAACUUCCAGAUGUCUACCCUAGGCAUGAUGCUACUCAAGAAUGGAGGAAGAUGAAGCCUGAACUAGGAUCAUUAUUCCAAGUUGUGGGAAAAUGGAGCUGA